AUGAAUGGAAUCACAACAGCAGAAAAUCACUCUCCAACAAACUGAACAAUGUGGACAUAUUGCUAGGUUGCUGACGGACAUCGUUUUCUAUUUUAUUUUGUCAUGAUCUAAUACUAAAUGUUGAGAACUUAGCGCAACAAUGUUGACACUCGUUUGGUGUCUGGUUCAGUUGUUUAUUUUUGGGUUCCUUCUGUGAAGGGGGGCAAGCCACUAUCUCGCUAAGCGCUGUCAACUUGUUUUGUUGUGGGUCUAGGCCAACUCAAAUGGUAGCCGUUAGUGCACUGGUGAGCACAUCAGUCUGAUGGUCUUCAGCUAACAGACGAGCUGCCUUAGCCAUGUCUGUGACCUCACUCCUGCGCAGUGCUAUGAGAGUGGGAAACAAACGCGUCGGUGCACACCUCAUCCAGCACAGGGCCCUCUCGGGUGCGGACGCCAUCAACGCCCUCCGGCCCUUCUACUUUGCGGUGCACCCCGACUUCUUCGGACAGCACCCCAAGGAAAGGGAAGUGAAUGAGAAUUCCCUGAAGAGGCUCAAUGGCUACCUGGAAAGCCUUCAGAAACCUGGAAGGAGCUCGGUUCACCCCACCAAGCUGACAUUCUACGUGAGGGAGACCAAGGAGAACAACAAUGUUCAGAAUGACGUCCUCGCCACCGGGUUCCGUUCAGUGAGCUUCACCCUGCAGACCAGAGAUGUACUGAGCACAGUGAUUGAUGUCCUCCAGUCUUGCAGUCUGUCUGUCGAACACAUGAAGGCCCUGCAGGCCAACACUGAGUCAUCCAGGAAGUCAUCCAGGAAAUUAGCUGCACACACAAGAAGUCCCUUCUACAGACCCAUCAAGUGGGACAAGACCUACUACUCCUUCACUGGCUUCAGAGACCCAGAACAGGAGCUGCAGCAGGCCAAGGCGGUGGAGCCCAACCUAAGUCUGUGGCUGAGGACCCACGAGAAGGAGGCCAGCAGGAAGCAGAGAGACAGCCUCCCCCGCAGGGACGAGCUGGAGAGGCUGAAGAAGGAGCUGUGUCAGCAGUUUGCCAUCGAAGACAUCAGGUGGCAGCGCACCUGGGGUGUCUCCCACCGAUGCUGCCAGCUGCAGAGUCUGAGCCGUCUGUCCCAGCAGAACCCAGAGGCUGUGCUCAACCUGCGAGGACACACCAUUGUAUUUACUGACCAAUCAGGAAUGAACGCCUUGGGUCAUGUGAUGCUGGGAUCCAUGGAUGUCCAUCACCAGUGGGCCAAGCUGUUCGAGCGUCUCCCUAGCUACCGUUCCCUGAAGCAGCAGGCGGAUUGGCUGAAGGAGCGGAUCAGCCUGCUGCUGGGGGGCAUCCAGGUGGUCCACGUAGAGCGCCUGGGCCCCCUGCUGGCCAUCGAGGAGCACUACAGCACCCUCAACGCCUUCCACAAGAGGCUGCUGCCUCGGAGGCUGGCCCUGCACCCACGCAGCCUGCAGGGGCUGGCCAUGACCCUGGAGAGUGGUCGUUCCAGCCCUAGUCUUCAUGAGCGGGGCCACUUCCUCAUCCCGACGACGUGUGAACCAAUCCCGCUGCAGAAUUUCCUCCAGAAUCAGGCCAGCGAGGCCCGGCGGAGAAUCAAACUCAAAAACCAGCUGCAGGCGGAGGAAGACCAGGCGGUGCAGGGCUGCCUCCAGACCCUGGCCCUCCUCAGCCUGUCCAAGGAGCCGGGCAUCACCUCCAGCCAGAUGAUCCCCUGCUGCCACAGGCUCCUGGAACUGCGCUCCCCCCUGCUCCAGAACUUCCGCCUCUGCAUCUCCCACUUCUACUCCGUCAUGCAGGACGGAGACCUUUGCAUUCCCUGGGACUGGAAAGGCUGAACCCCUCACACACAUGUGUUGCGUGCACACAUGUUGCACACACGCACACACACACACACACACACACACACACACACACACACACACACAGUCAGACUCAUCACAGGAGACUAGCCACCACAGACAUGCCAGCAGACCUCGAGGGGCCUGAACCCUGAUGGUUCUGAGGUCGCAUCCCUGUUGGGUUGAACCUGAUCACCUAUAGGACUCAACACUGGUCGUAACCAUGGAGAGGAGAACAGACUUUACCCUGGUACUGGGACAAGCAUGAUAGACAGGCAGGUGGAUAGGUGGAGAACAGAACGGUGGAUGGAGAGACACUGAGGUGGACUAACAGAUAGACAGAGGUCCUAGCCAAGGAUUUUCUAGAGCUCAUCCAUGAUUCAGAACAAUCUGCCUUUUGAAGAAUUAUUAUAAUCCCAAUCAUAUAGAGUUUUAUUUUUAUUGUUGUGUGCACUAAUAUACUGAAGACUAUAACUGUUAAUUCUAAGCAAAGUUACCUUUGCAGGUAAAGGUAUUUUUAUUUGUGUAAGUGAAGCCAAUCAAGAUUUCAAUGGGUUUUGUGGAAUAAUGUAUUUAAAUACAACAGUCUGUGAUGGGCUAAAUGUAUUCACGUUGCACCUUACUUGAAUCUCUGCGGAUGAAGUUGAGAGAGCAAAAUCUGGUGCUUAGUCACAUAUAUGCUACUAUUGUCACACAUGAAACUGUGACACCCAUGUUCCAUGUCAUUAGACCUAUUACUGUUAGUUUGAACACGCGUCACCAUGUUGCACUGUUUCAGAAUCCAGAAUUUCAUAGCUUGCUUUCUAUAGAGCGUACUUUCCACAUCCUCAUGUAGGUCAGAAAGACCCAAUCGGUGUUGACCUGUGAUGUGUUGAGCAUGUCUGCCGUGGAUUUGAAGUUGAUCCCCCCCUGCCGUUGGUGGUCUACAACCACAAAGCUGUAACUAUAGAAACACAAUGGCUGUCAACAGGGUUUUCACAGGCGUGUGACACACCUCAGAAAACCUCCUGUAGGCCCUCACACUAUGAAGAUAAGAGACGUCCCGCUGGGGAGGCUCCCAUGCUCGCCACUAUUUAGAGCACUCGGUCAUCAUCAACAUUGUUGGGGUGUUAUCCAAUCAGUGGAUAGAUUGUAUUUUAGAAAAAGGAACUUUGUCUGCCUAGCAAUAAUCCAAUAAUGUGACUCCUUGUUUUGCACAGUAAGAUGUAAUGGGAAAUGGUAUUGUACGUGGGAGCUAAAUGACCUGUUUGUAAACUGUUUUACUUGACAGUAUUUGUGUCAGUGGCCAGUUGGAACACUUUUAGAUUACAGAAGAAGGGAACAACCAAGGUGCGAAUUACAGGUGGGGGUUUGACCCCCCUAAUUAAGACAUGGACCCCCCCCAAAAGAGGUAAAAACAACAGGUCGGGGGGGUUGAUACACACCCUGGAGAAGAAGUUGACUUCCCCAAUUGUCAUUGUAUAAUUCACACUCUGGGAACAACUACAUACUUAAAAUAUUUGAAUCAUUUCAUUUGUUACCAUAAACCAUUCUCAAUAAAAGAGCUGCUAAUAAAUUGGAUGAAAUCUGAGACUGAGUGGAUUUGAUACUAUUAUACGCCUUAAACUGAUUGUGUCA